AUGAGCACUUUGACGCCAAACGAUAUCGAGAUCGCCACCAGAGCGGCAGACCAUUUCACGCGCAUCUACUACACGACUUACGAUUCGCCAACGCGAAUCGAUGACCUCCCAAACUUCUACAGACCCAACUCUGCCCUGACAUGGAACGGCAAGCCUUUCGAGGGCGUUGACGGCGUGCGAGAGCUCGUCUCCGGCAUCCCCGCCACAAAACACGAGGUCCAGUCCUUCGAUUGCCACCCCAUUCCAGGAAGCCAGCCACCUUCGCUGCUGGUGACCGUAUCGGGCAUCGUCACCCACGGCAAGGGUCCAGCUGCGAACCCUGCCAACGCGCCGCGUAACAAUGUCGACGGCCACCCCCGCGUCUUCUCUCAAACGUUCAUGCUGGCCCCAGACCCGAACGCUCCCCCAACAAAGUCCGGGGAGGUUGCAAAAUACUAUAUUACCGCAGACGCCUUACGGUUCGUCGGUUAG